AGGCAGCAAGGGGCACCCACAUACACACGGUCGCGGCUCACGCAUUUCUCAGUGAAGGAACGCAACAAGGAAAAUGGUCUAGGCACGACAUUUAAAGACAAAAUCUGUGAAUGUAAUUACAUUACAUUCAUAAAUUGUGCGCGCAAGGCUCGCUUAGUUUUUCGUCUCGACACUCGUCUCCUCUUUGAGAGAUACGUUCCCAUGCGAUUCUUCAGACUCACAUUUAAGUGUUUCGUGGAUUGUUUUUGAGGGUGCUGUCUAAUUCGGUGUUUUUUCUUUUAUGAGCGUUUUCUAGUUUUCUUUGACAUUAUUUUAUAAAGGAAUUUUACAAUCCUACCAACAUCCCAGUUGCCAAUUUCGCCAACAAAUUUGACUGCCUGCUCAUCGUUGAGCGUAUGACACUGCAAAGCGAUUAUUGAAAAAGAAAUUCUACCUACUGACUUGUAUCCCUUUCAGGGACCUGAAAGGACCAGAACCUAUUAAUAAAUAGGGUGAUAUUUUCACUUAUUCCUUACUUCUCAGUGCUGUCUGGACGUUGAGGGUGUUUUGUUUACAAGUGUAUAAUUGGAAUGGAGAAAUCUUCUUUCAACACUGACUGCUCUGCUGUGAACGUGGUCCUAGGGGAAGAGAGGAAGGGUCACCUCAUCCCUAAUGGAAAUGGACAUCAAGGCGCGAAUGGAACCGUUAUUGGAAGCGCUGGCGCGGCCGGUGCUGGAGCUCCACCUGCGGUGCCCACCGUGGGCAAGGGAUACCCCGAAAGAGAGACUUGGACCAGACAGAUGGAUUUCAUCAUGUCCUGCGUGGGGUUUGCAGUGGGGCUGGGAAACGUUUGGCGUUUCCCUUAUCUCUGCUACAAAAACGGAGGAGGAGUGUUCCUCAUCCCGUAUGGACUCUUUAUAUUCCUGGGGGGUAUUCCCAUCUUCUUCCUGGAGAUUGCUCUGGGUCAGUUCAUGAAGGCCGGAAGUAUCAAUGUUUGGAAUAUUGCACCGCUCUUCAAAGGACUGGGCUAUGCGUCCAUGGUGAUUGUGUUCUUCUGUAACACUUACUACAUCAUGGUCCUGGCGUGGGGCUUCUACUACUUCAUCAAGUCCUUCAACAGCACCCUGCCGUGGUCCACCUGCGACAACCCGUGGAACACGCCCAGCUGCAUCGAGAUCUUCCGCCUUGAGGACUGCAAGAACGGAACCAUCGGCAACGCCACCUUUGGCAACAUGACGUGCGAGGAGUUAGCAGAGGGACGCUCUCCCAUCAUAGAGUUCUGGGAGAACAAGGUGCUGAACAUCUCGAAUGGUCUGGAGGAGCCGGGCGAAAUGAACUGGGAGCUGGUUCUGUGUCUGGUGGCCGUGUGGAUCAUGGUGUACUUCUGCGUGUGGAAAGGUGUGAAGUCGACUGGAAAGAUUGUGUAUUUCACUGCCACGUUCCCAUAUGUUGUGCUGAUCAUCCUGCUGGUACGAGGGGUCACUCUGCCUGGGGCCUAUGAUGGGAUCAUGUACUACCUUAAGCCUAACUGGUCUAAACUCGCAGAGCCACAGGUCUGGAUAGAUGCCGGCACACAGAUAUUUUUCUCCUAUGCCAUUGGCCUGGGAGCUCUCACUGCUCUUGGCAGCUACAACAGAUUCAAUAACGACUGCUAUAAGGAUGCGUUUGUUCUGGCCCUGAUCAAUAGUGGCACCAGCUUCUUCGCCGGCUUUGUGGUCUUCUCCAUCCUGGGCUUCAUGGCCUCAGAGCAGGGCGUGGACAUCUCCAAAGUAGCCGAAUCAGGCCCCGGCUUGGCAUUCAUCGCCUACCCAAAGGCCGUGUCUCUGAUGCCCGUGGCUCCCGUGUGGGCUGCUCUCUUCUUCUUCAUGCUGUUACUUCUGGGACUCGACAGUCAGUUUGUUGGAGUGGAAGGUUUUGUAACUGGGAUUCUUGAUAUUUAUCCUGGAAAGUAUUACAUGCGCUACCAGCGUGAGAUCGCUGUGGCAAUCUGCUGUUCAUUGUGCUUCAUAAUAGAUCUCUCCAUGGUUACACAGGGAGGGAUGUUCGUCUUCCAGCUGUUUGAUUAUUACUCUGCCAGCGGUAUGACCCUGUUGUGGCAGGCAUUCUGGGAGUGCGUGGUUGUCGCCUGGGUCUACGGUGCUGACAGGUUUAUGGACGACAUAGCUCGUAUGAUCGGUUACCGGCCUUUCCCUUGGAUUAAGUGGUGCUGGUCGUUUAUUACUCCAUGCGUUUGCAUGGCUAUCUUCCUGUUUCACCUGAUGAAUUACAAGCCUCUUACCUACAACAAUGCGUACGUGUACCCGUGGUGGGGUGAGGUGAUCGGCUGGUGUCUGGCCCUCUCCUCCAUGCUCUGCAUCCCCGUCAGCCUGCUGUACAAGCUCUCCGGGCCCAUGGGAACCUUCAAAGAGCGUUGGGCGGACCUGACCAAACCAGUAUGGGGCGCCCAUCACCUUGAGUACAUGGCUCCUGAUGCUGAUAUCAAAAGCCUGGCCUCGCCUCUUUCCCCGGGCUCGGAGGAGAACAAGGUCAUCAUCUUUGAGAGUGUCAUGUAGGCAAAGGUCUGCAAACGGAGGACGCCUCCAAAGACAAGCUGCAGAGAAGGCUACUCUUCCUUUUUAUGCUUUUUAAUUUUCUAUUUGAACGAAAUGAUUUGAAAGCCAAAGUGUCUUCAAAGUCUCCAAAUCACUAUAUUCCAUAUUUUGAAUACCAAAUUGGACCUUUUUGCAUAUCGCAGACGUGACCUCUCUUUUAUUAUGCAAACUCAUUCUUAAUAGUUGGUCCCUCUGUCUAUUACACACCCAUUUUACCAUUCAAAUAAUUUCCCCAGGUGAUUGACCUCUAUUCUUAACAGAACCAUCAGUGACAUUUCUUUAUGUCAAAAUUCACCCUUUUGUUUUGGCCAUCAUUGAUUUGUUUUUUGGGUUUGUUUGUCUGUUUAAAUUCAUACCAGUAUUUGUCCACCAUGAGUAGCCGGCGUGGCAGCUUGUCUCGGGAGGCCGUAGGCGUGGCGUGGGCCUGUGCACCAGGCCGGAGCCCAGCAGGGGUGUGGUGCGGCCUCCACCUCCCUGACCACUGCAGAAUUCCCACAGGCCAGCUCUGUCUAGCAGCGCAGUCCGCUGGGGGCCUCCUUAAUACCCCACACUUCAUAGCCAGCGUAGGGGACGGACAGA